UUUACAAAAUGUAAAUAUGUAUCUAUAUACAUGAGAGUACAUACCACUGCAGAUACACACACAUAUGUACAUAAAUAUAUGCGUGCACAGGAACCGCUUUUAUUGUCUUUUUGUGGUUAAAGCUUCGAAACGCUAGAAUUCAAAUUGAAUCACGAAUCAGGAAUAAUCCAAGCAGCAAGUGAUGUGAACUGAGAACACUUCUAGCUCGAGACAAAUUUUUCAAACCAAAAAAGAGCUCAAAAUGUCAAAGAAACCACGCGGAAAUAUACACAAGAUCCGGGAAUUCGAGUUGGAGAAGAUCCAGCUUGUGGAUGAGUUUGAUAUAAUACAAAUUGUGGGUGAAGGAUGGUUCGGCAAGAUAUUGCUGGUGGAGCAUCGCGGAUCCCAGACAGAAAUGGUGCUCAAGGCAGUGCCCAAGCCAUAUGUGACGCUGCGUGACUUUUAUCGGGAGUUUCACUACGGACUCCAUUUGGGCGUGCAUCGGCACAUUGUGACCACCUAUGAUGUGGCAUUCGAGACGGCUGGAUUCUAUGUAUUCACACAGGAAUAUGCGCCGCUAGGGGAUCUCACAUCGAAUGUGACGGACACGGGCGUGGGCGAGGUGUACAGCAAGCGUGUGGCCAAGCAGUUGGCCUCCGCCAUAGACUACAUGCAUUCAAAAGACAUAGUGCAUCGGGACAUCAAGUUGGAUAAUGUUCUCAUCUAUCGAGCGGACUUUCAACGCAUUAAAUUGUGCGAUUUCGGAGAGUCCUUCCCGACGGGCGCCAGCGUGGAGCGGCGGAACGAGUGGCUGCCCUAUAGUCCCCCAGAAGUAUUAGAAAUCAAGCCAGAAGGCAGCUACAAAGCUGAUCCCAGCCAUGAUGUUUGGCAGUUUGGAAUUGUGAUCUUUGUGUGCCUCACCGGGUGUCUGCCCUGGCAGAAGGCUGCCUCGGAUGAUCCCCGCUAUGUGCGAUACUUGGCCUGGCAGGGUGGCCUCAUGAUGAUGCCACUGCGGCGCACGCCGCGACUCUUCAAGCUGCUCACCUCCAAUGCCCAGCGCAUGUUCAAGCGGUUCUUUGCGCGAAUGUCGAACCGCCCCAAGAGUCUGGCGGAUGUCACAAAGUUCCUCGACGAUCGCUGGCUGGCCAAGACGGCCAAGAAGGACAUGGCCGAGUACGAGACGGAUGAGCUGUGCCCGUCCAUGUACUCCUUCCACAGCAGCCCCGAUGAGAAGAAUCGACUGCUCUACACAUUGGCCGACUGUGGGAUCGAGACGAAUGUCGAUCGGCAGCAGAAGAAGAAUCGCAUCAAAGACUGGAUAGAGUCGUCCAUCAUCACAGAGGAGGAUGAGGAGGAGAACGAAGAGACAAACUCGGCAUCGCCCUCGUCUUCAGUCUCCCGCGAGCCGCUGCCUGGACACAUCUCCUCGCUGCGCAAACAGACGCAGGAACCGAGCCCCAAGGAGGUCAAGAGCACCUUGAAGGACGCCACACAGAAGCACUUUGAUCCGCGCACGGGGGCACUGCAGCAGGGUCCCAGCGAAAUGGGCCAAGUGGCCAUGCAAUAUUCCAAGUCCGCCAGUCCCUCCAACUACAGCACGGCCUCCACGCUGAACAACGCAGACAGCCUGCUGACACUGGGCUCCAGGCAGGAUCUGCUGGCCAGCAACCUGACCAUGUACACCUCCAUGGAGACGGAGCUGAAUCGAUUAGGUGAGGCUGAUCCGAGAAUACCGCGCAGCGAUGGCUUCCUCAACCGCACGCAGAGCAGCGGCCUCCUGCUAACCACAUUCGAUGUGAACGCCUCGCCGGCCAGUCCGGCGAAUAACAACCGUCCACCUCCCGCAGCCAAGAACUCCAUCGCCGUUGGCACACGCAGCUCGAGCAGGAGCAUUCUUAAGUCCUCCAUUGCCACCGCUGCUUAUCCCGCUUUCGGCAGCAAUAACCAGAGCAGUAGCCUGCAGCAGCUGACCCAGCAUUUCCAGACCACCGCCUAUGCCCCCAAUGACAGCUCCUUCUUUAGGCGAUGACUCCCGCUGGCUCCUUGCCCUACUAAUCGCCAAGCCAAAUCAUCCUUGCCAAACUCUCAGUGCCAUGCGGUGUCCGUUCAUGCAAGUUUUCUAAUGUUCCAUAUGCUUCUCAAGUUAAAGACAGUGCCUACGGCUCGGCAGACGUGAGUGAGAUGAG